AGGCCUCUUGUCCCAGUCUUCCCAGCAGGAAGUUUGACCAAGAUCAAUCAUGACGACUUACAGCAACAAAGGAGAGAAGCCUGAGAGAGGCCGGUUCCUUCACUUCCACUCCGUGACCUUCUGGGUGGGCAACGCCAAGCAGGCUGCCUCCUUCUACUGCAGCAAGAUGGGCUUCAAGCCACUAGCCUACAAAGGUCUGGAGACGGGUUCCCGGGAGGUGGUCAGCCAUGUAAUCCAGCAAGGGAAGAUUGUGUUUGUCCUCUCCUCAGCGCUCAACCCCUGGAACACAGAGAUGGGUGAUCACCUGGUGAAACACGGCGAUGGAGUGAAGGACAUUGCAUUCGAGGUCGAAGAUUGUGACUACAUUGUGCAGAAAGCCCAGGAACGGGGUGCUAAAAUCAUGCGGGAACCCUGGGUGGAGCAAGACAAGUUUGGGAAGGUGAAGUUUGCUGUUCUGCAGACGUAUGGGGACACCACACACACCCUGGUAGAGAAGAUGAACUACAGUGGCCGCUUCCUGCCUGGAUUCGAGGCCCCAGCAUUCACGGACCCCCUACUUUCCAAGCUUCCUGAUUGCUGUCUUGAGAUUAUCGAUCACGUUGUGGGAAACCAGCCUGAUCAGGAGAUGGUGUCUGCCUCAGAAUGGUAUGUGAAAAACCUUCAGUUCCACCGCUUCUGGUCAGUGGAUGACACGCAGGUGCACACGGAAUACAGCUCUCUGCGGUCCAUCGUGGUGGCCAACUAUGAGGAGACCAUCAAGAUGCCCAUUAAUGAGCCAGCGCAGGGCAAAAAGAAGUCCCAGAUCCAGGAAUAUGUGGACUAUAAUGGGGGCCCCGGGGUCCAGCACAUCGCUCUCAAGACCCAAGACAUCAUCACAGCGAUUCGCCACUUGAGGGAGAGAGGCUUGGAGUUUUUGGGUGUUCCAUCGACGUACUAUAAACAACUGCGGGAGAAGCUCAAGUCAGCCAAGAUUCGGGUGAAGGAGAGCAUUGACGUCCUGGAGGAGCUGAAAAUCCUGGUGGACUACGACGAGAAGGGUUACCUCCUGCAAAUCUUUACCAAACCCAUGCAGGAUCGGCCCACACUCUUCCUGGAAGUCAUCCAGCGUCACAACCACCAGGGUUUUGGAGCCGGCAACUUCAACUCACUGUUCAAGGCUUUCGAGGAGGAGCAGGAUCUGCGGGGAAAUCUCACCGACUUGGAGACCAACGGGGUCGGGCCCGGCAUAUAGGCCUCUCGCGUCGCGUCUGACCCAUUGAGGCUCCGCCCACCUGCAGGAGCAGGGCCCAGCCCCCUGGUCCUGGAACACGGCC